AUGAUCCCUGAAGAGGAUGAGCGUGUUACUGGCUGGAUCCACACCAGAAUGAAGCUGCUCUUCCCUGACUGUGUGCCCUUGAAGGAGAAUGACAACAAUAACGAUGAUGGUGAUGAUGAUGAGGCAGACAAUGGCAAGCAGGGGAAGUGUGGUGGGGAAGGUGGGAAAGAGGCGGAAGAGGGCAGAGCUGAGCCAAGCUCAUCUGCUGGAACUGGAACUAUGCAUGGCAGUAGAACAUGGCACUGGACGACAAGAGCUCAACACAAGAAGAGAGCCAGGGAGGAGAAGAAAGAGAGGAGGAAAUUGGAGGAGCCUGGAUCAGCCAGAGAUAUCAGCAAUGACACAAUGCAGACACAUGCCCAGUCAAAUAACAUGCUCACCCUUUCCACACCCCUCAUGAAUGCUAUGAGCAUCAAUGAAGGGAAUGUGACACCUGCUGCCUUGAACACAAUGUCAAUCUCAGAUACGCCCAUGCACCUUACACUGGCAAGGGGCAUGAAAAUGGCAGGUGAUGCCAGCCCACCCCCAACUACUACCAACACCUCGCCAACUGUGAUUGCCUCUCCGGUGAUGACCACAAGUGCUGUUCCUGCAGGGGCCGUGGAAAUUACAUUGCCCAGCAUCAUGCCUCUCCCUCCUGCUAGUCCUAACCCUCAUAUUGAUGAUGGAACUGUACGCCCGCCCCACCCAUUCGAUGUACCAAUAAUGCAGCUAUGUGCAUGCAUUCAAAACCUGUUCAUGUAUGCAUCGGCAACCCCUGGGCAACCUUGGACGUAUGUGCCAAGACCUUAUGCAGAGGAUGAGGAGAUCAAGUAUGAGCAGCUAGUGAUGGUGAAUGGUGAGAGAGAGCUGGUCACUGCCAAAUGGGACAAUCAUGAGAGGGAAGGGCUCAUGUCACUGGACUGCCCGGUUGACCUGGCUGCCCUACCGGAAGAAGCUCAAAUGUGGGAAGCAACUUGCAUCAAGAUUAUUCUGAAAGGGGGGAACAACACCAUGAAUAUGCAAGCUAUUGGUAUCUUUCUGAGGAAGUGGUGGAAUCACCUCUUCCUCACUGUUAUAUCUAUAGCCUUUGCAGUUGCCAUUUCCCUGCUCCAGGGGCAGAUCAAAAAGCUCAAAGGGGGGUCCAAGUAA